UUAAACAACUUUAAAUUUACGAGUGCGUUCUUUCAAUUACUCCCACACACAACUACCUUAAGUUAACUAGUAAAAUAUUACUGGUGCUUAGACAUGAAUUGGUGCGGUUUAUGCUUCGAGAUUAUGCAGCUGCAAAAUCUAGAAAAUUGUCCAUUCACUUUCGACAGACAGAAACAAAAGGUUUCGAUACCAAACGCAUCGCCAGCUUUCAAAACUGCAAUAUUCUUUUAUAGCACUAGGCAAUCAGUAACAGCAGCACGGCUAUGACAAUGAACUUAAGUUCACGUCUAUGGCAAAAUAAGUCAAGUGAGAUGCCUAGCUACACUUUACAAGAAGUCUUGACCCAGCCCAGUGUUCUCGCGUUGGUUUUGUUCGAGAUUUGUCUGUUUGUGAUUGCAGUAGUCGGGAAUGUUCUUGUCUGUAGAACGAUCUAUCUCACGAGGCGUCUUCACUUUUCUGCAUAUUACUUCAUAGCAAGUAUGAGUACGGCUGAUCUUUGUCUCACUUUAUUGGUCCUUCCCGUUUCUACUGCUUACUACGUUACCUACCAAAUGAGAGGCGCGUGGAUUUUUGGCAAGGCGAUGUGUCACAUGUGGACGCUAGCCUCGUCAUGGUUCGCCACAGCCUCCAUAUUCAACCUCUGUGCAGUCACGUGGGACCGUUACGUCGCCAUGACAACACCAUUCCGGUACUACUCGCGUAUGCGCAGCUCCCGUGUCAUCCUAAUGAUUGGUGCAGCUUGGAUGACGUCAUUUAUCCUUGCCCUUAUGACGUCAUACGGUUACCAAGUAUCAGAUACCAGAAUCCUUUGCGAGAUGCAGGGAAUCAAGCUUGUGUACGCCGUGGUUAACUUCGUUGUGACAUUCGUGGCGCCAUCCUUUGUUCUUAUAUUUGCGAAUGCUAAAAUCUGGACCAUAGCUGCACGGAGAAUGAACCGCGUUGAAGCAUAUAGCACCACAACUCUCCCGGCGAAAUUUAGAAGGAAAUGGGAGAGUCAGGAUAUAAAGAUGUUCAGGACAUUUCUAAUUAUCAUAGGCACGUUCCUUGUAUCGUUUACACCCUGUUUUAUAGUGAUAUUAUUGGACCCGCUUGGUGUACGUGUGCCGGGCUUUCUGGCGUAUCUGUUUGUGGUUCUGACGUACAUAAACAGUGCACUAGAACCUCUAAUCUAUGGCCUCUUUAAUAAGGACUUCCGGAAAGCAGUUGUGGCAAGCUUAAAGAGACGUCCUACGCAUGCGCGAAGUAAGAAUGUCCACUUGUCUUCUACUGUUGAGACCAGAAAUCUCUAAUUCAGGAUGUUGUGAUAGGGUUACGCCAGUGAAUGAAGUAGAAAGAACCCAAUGCCCGAUGGGUUAAAGUGAAUGACUUUAAUCAAGUACAGUAUAACCAAAACCGGAAAACAAGAUGGCGGACGCGAGGUUACCGCACAGGGUUACCGGUUCGAUCCCGGUAGUAGGUCCGCUGACCAGACAACUCAAUAACAUAAUGGCGCUAUCUAAUCGGUUGUCGGGUGUUAUAACAAGAACCAAAAACUGUUAUAGCAUUUUGGUACUAACUGGGAAGUAUUGAUAACUUUAUGAAUUCCCAUCAUUGUUCAAUAGGCACGUUGAUCGAUCGAGAUGAGGAAAACCUUUUGAAUUAUCAGAAAAACGCUAACCAUGGACCAUUGGAUUUCGGACAAAAAACGAUUAAAAAAACAUUUGUGUUUAGAAAUCUUGGCGAAAACCAGUUAGUAGGACCAUAAACACAACCAGCUUUAUUAUAUCGCGGACAAACACGAAAAUUUACAUAAAACUGAAAUAAAUCAAGACUUAGCAGUCGAGCGUUUAGGUAAGACUAAACAUGCCUCUAAAGUUCCCUAAAACUGCGAA